AUGGGCAAAGCAUCCGGAUCCGAUUUGCGUCCUUGGCAAAUAGAGAGAAGGAGGUACCAAAAUGCUUCUGCUCAACGAAGGCGACGCCAAAGGCAGAAAGAGGGUCUGGCGGGAAACAAGCGACUCCCUUUGCAAACUGUGACGAGAAAGGCCUCCAGUUUGUCAAAAGAGCUCGUCUCUGCGAUUUUCGAUUGCUUCACUACUGACACGGAGCGGUCAAACGUGGCGCUCAUAAUGGCUGAUGAGAACUUCAGUCUGCGCGACAUCGUCAAAUAUGGCCUGAUAACGCUGGGUUACGCCGCAAACCCCGACAUUCUCCGCACCACCGAGGAUUUAGCCUUUUACUCAUGGAGUUUAUUGGUUUUGUCUGCAGCCCUGGCAGAUAUUCAUCUUGAGAGAGUUAUACGAGUAGGGGUCAAGACUUUACUUGAUCUCAAAGGACCUAAAACUUGGUCCGGAGAGCUGUCACUGAUGGCAUUAGCCAAAGAAGAUGGAUACAUGUUGACGAACUACCCCGGAAGUACCGGAAACCCGACGAUCGCCGUCAGAACCGGAUUCUUCACCGCCAGCCUUGCCAAUUGUUGGCUUCUGGGCAUCGAACCCUGCGCCAUAAUGGAUCACAACGCAGUGUCGCCUUUUGUGCGGACGACACAAAACACUUUAGGUGAAAAACACGACUACCACGUUCCAGAUCUCAACCAGAGAACGGAGACACAAGAGGGCAGAUCACAAGACUUUACCCAUAAUAUGCGUCCUACUCUGGAACAGUUGACCAUUCCUCACCAUCCUUACUUGGAUAUAAUUCCUUGGCCCUCCUUUCGAUCUCGAGCAAUCAUCGCGUCAUCCACGAAUCCACCACUUAUUGACAAGAACGAAUUGUGCUUGGAUCUUUUGAGUGACGGGAUAUAUUGCUGCAGUAUUCCUGGCGUUUCCCUUCAUGGCCGGGGGGAGGGCACGCCGUGGGACUCUAGGAGUUGGGAAGCGAGGCCCUGGUUUUUGCACAAGUGGUCGCUCCUGGUAGGACAUGAUGUGCAGCAAACAAGUUCAUGGUGGCGAUUGCAAUCUUGA